AUGAUGUGGUACCACACCAACUUCCAGAAAACCACUGGAAAGGACGCAGGUAACAGGAAGGCGAUGGUGCUGGGCUUCAUGCUGCUGCUGUCUCGGCUGGACUGUGAUGCUCAGAGUGUUUCUGAGUGCUGCAGGCAGCCGGCCCGCUCCUGCCGGCUCCAGGUCCUGCUCUGCCGCACCGGCCACCAGGGCCCGGGGGGCACCCACACGGGGGACGCGUCUGCCGGGAUCCUCACUCUGGGCAAACGGAACGAGGACGAGCAGCGCCUGGAGAGUCGCCUCCACCAGCUCCUUCACGGCUCCAGGAACCAGGCGGCGGGGAUCCUGACGAUGGGGAGGAGGAGCGGCGGGGGGGCGGGAGAGCCCUACGUGGACUGGCUGGCCCGGUCCAAAACCACCAUGGUGACACCCUUACCUGUUUGA